UACUCCUUGUCUCCUCCUCCUGUCUUUCUUCAUUUCUUAAGCCGAAGUUUCAGCCUUCAGAAGAAGAAAAGCUUCGUUUUUGAGCUUAACCCAACAAUGCCAUUGCCACCUUGUUUCUGAGUCAAGCUAUAGCUUUUAUUUCCUCAAAUGGGUUGCUGUAUAAGCACUAACAGAGGUUCCCCUCGUGGAAAGGAAGCACAUUUACAAGUGGGUCUUGAAUCUUUUCACCAAAAACCAAGUCUUGAAAGCAGAGCUCCACCACCUUCAGCUGAAGAAGAAACUGUGAAAGAAGUUUUAUCUGAAACUCCAAAGUCCAAAGCUCACAUCUUUAUCGCACAGGAGGAAGAAGAGAACAAGAAAACACAGAUAGAAAAGCCGGUCUUUGUCAAGAUCCAAGAAAAGGAAAGCCGCAAUUUUAGCAUCAAGACUGAGCCGAAAUCGCCUGUCAUUGAAGAGUCAGCUUCAGAAGAUUUUUCCGAGAUUUGCAGUGUGAGUUUAAGUGAAAGCGUUUCAACUAUAACUGACAGAAGAGAUGAAGAAGAAGAACUGAGGCAACAAAAAGUGUUCAGAUCUCCAGCUAGAACCGGUUCAAGGAACAGGGUCUUGGGUCGGUCACCGACACGGAAACCUGACCAAUCACCUGGCAGAAGAAAUGGGGUUGUCAAUGGGGGAUCGUCAGUGAGGUUGGUCCAAAGCAGGGAACCCACGGUGAGACGUGGAUCAAGACCCGACCCUCCAAUGAAGGAUCCGGGUGAGAGUUCAGGAAGGAGGUCUAGAUCACCUGCUGUCAAUAGAUCUGUAAUGGGUCGGAGCCCAUCUGGAAGAAGGACUAAUCAAUCUCCUGGUAGGGUCAGACGUGAUCCAGCAGAGUGUGGUAAUAGCAAAAAAGUGGAGCAGCAGCAUGUUAAUACAACUACAAUGGAAGGGAAAUGGCCAAGUAGCAAUAAUAAUGGUGCUACAACAAGUGCUCCAAACGAAUCUCUUGAAAAUCCUCUUGUCUCCCUUGAAUGUUUCAUCUUUCUUUAGAUAUGAAGAAAUGUGCCUUAACUUCAUCUUGUAAUUUCACUUCUUUUUUAAUUUGGGAAUAUUUUUUUUAAGUCAAAGGUCAAUCUGGAUCAGAAGGGGAGAUUCUGUUGUGCAAGUUUGGGAUUUUAGAUAUCAGAGUUGAGGAGUGGGUGGGUUGUUGUCUUUGUCUGCCACUGGUGGAUUUGGAAUUUUGGAUACUUGGAUACGAAAUGCCCUUAAUUGACCUGUGAUUAUCAUUAAUUUAUUUCCCUAUUUUAUUAUUUUCUACUCGUCUUUGCUGCUGUAGGAAAGAUU